ACAGCAUAGGCUACUCGCCGUUCUCCCCACGCGCACUUGACUGCACAAAGCCCUUAGCUGAGAGAGAGAGAGAGAGAGAGAGAGAGAGAGAGAGAGAGAGAGAGAGAGAGAGAGAGAGAGAGAGAGAGAGAGAGAGACGUCGACACAGAUCCGUAUUACAUGAGGAUAUAACCACUUCACUUCGGUCUUGAAGAAAAGAAGCACACAAGAAAUCAGAAGACAACACUUGACAGGACUUCAAGAAAAUGAGUCGCUGCACGGCCGCACUACUUUUGUUGGUCAUUGCGAUUUACUCACUCAACACAGAAGCGUACAAAUGCAGGUGCACCAGAAAAGGUCCCAAGAUCCGCUACAAGGACGUGCAGAAGUUGGAGAUCAAGCCUAAACACCCCUUCUGCCAGGAAAAGAUGAUAUUUGUGACCAUGGAGAACGUUGCUCGCUUCAAGGGCCAAGAGUACUGCCUGCAUCCUCGGUUGCAGAGUACCAAAAAUCUGGUCAAAUGGUUCAGGAUCUGGAAGGACAAGCACAGGGUUUACGAGGCCUGACAACUUUUCAAGACUCCAUUCAGCGUUGAGGGACUAGGGGGACUGGCAGUGGCCUUGUUGUCUUCUCAAGGUGAUCUACACCAAUCAACCAACCAACCAAUCGCUCCAAGUGCCCACUGCCAUCUUUCAACCAGGGCCAGAGCCACCAACAACCCAGCACAUGUCUUCUCCCUCCCUCCCUCCAGGGCCAACAACUCAUCUCUCCUCCAUCUCUCAUCCCCCCAUCCUCUGAUGCUCCCCAUGGCUGAACCUCUCCUUUGCUAGAAAAAGCCAUUGAUGGUUUUAGGUGGUGCAACCACAGCUAAUGCGAGUAUGGAUUCCUUUUUGACUGGAUUAUGUAAAAAACAGCCAAUCCAUAUAAAUGAAACAAAAAAAACAACAGUUAAUCCAUGUAAAUGUACAAUAAUUUCAUUCAUGUACUUAACACACUUUAGAUGUGGUUGCGCCACCCUGACUUAAAACAUGUCAAUGACCCAAGAGUAGACAUCCGGACACUGAAACUCCAACCUAAGGGAUUAAUCAACCCCUACCCUCAGAGACUCUGUUAUAACAUUUUUGUUACCAAAAUGGUAAUGACUAAGUCUUAAUCUAUUACUUAAAACCCUCUAUAAUGUCAUAGAAAUGUUGUUAUGAUAAAUUUAAGUUUUUCAUUAAAGAGUGAGUAGGCCCGUCGGUGGGCCAGAACUACCAGGCCACGCACUGGCAAUAUUUUGACCCACCCGAAAGGUCUUAUUCAGGCUAUAGGGUGCGGAUCGUCUACUUUUAUGCAGUUUUGUUCUGCACUUGACCUCAGUAAUGCGGGAGGUGCAUGCAUGCGUGCUCUCCCUUGCCACAUGAAAUUCAGCUGCGCACCCCCGUAUUCACCUCCCCUGGAGUCACCCUGGACUCUCCUGUGUGUGUGUGUGUGUGUGUGUGUGUGUGUGUGUGUGUGUGUGUGUGUGUGUGUGUGUGUGUGUGUGUGUGUGUGUGUGUGUGUGUGUGCGCGCAUUGUUGCUUUGCGAAGUUUAAAAAUAUAUAUAUAUAUUAUAUAUGGGCAGAUCAUGUGUGCUCUGUAGUGCGCUUUUGAAGUAGAUUAGCCCAUACGGACCAACCAUAUCUCUGUUCUUGGACGGUUAACAGUUCAUAACAUGUAUAGUGUCCCUCUCGUUUUUCAUAUACGUAAUUAUCAGGUGACAUAUCACUUCGUGCUAUAGGGUGCUUGCCACAAGUACAAAUUGGAAUAGGGUUCAUUAUUGUUAUUAUUAUUAUAAAAUGUAAUUUUCUGAUUUCACACUGUGGCCCAUCUGGCCAUCUCAAUUCAAAUCCUUACAGAAGCCAGCACCAGUACCAGUAGGGGCAUUAUAGAAUUAAGGAUCCGCUAUCAGUGCAAACAGCUCUUUCCUGUGUAAAUAGACUUGUUGGAAUUAUGUUGUCCUGUGUGCCAUUCAACAGCAAACAAACGAAAAGAACUUGUUGUAAAGGUAAAUUGCAAUAUUGUAAUAUGUUCAUUAUCACAAUUAUACAACAUGCUGUAGCUGGUGUCCUAAGCUGGUACCGGCAGCACAAUAAACUUUUUAUUAUUAAGACUGUUUUUAAUCAACAUGGAUCUUAGUAACCAUAUGCAUAUGCUUAUUUUACAUCCCCAGCUUAACAAUGUGUAAUGCCAUUGAAAUGUAAUAGUACAGACACAAUCUAUGUUCGUAAGAGAGGGGGAUAUAGAAGGGUGAAACAAAACAACAACAACAAACACAAUUCAACAUGGGGACUCCAGAAAAGCUUCAAGACUUUACCAACAUGGGUGGUGGGGGUGGGGUACUCCACGAGGAUAGUUCAGUUGCAAACCAGGUUGACUUAACCUGGAGGUAGGCUAAUGGUAAAUUGGCUUCCGCAAGACCAUGUUGUCCUCAUUUUCUAAAGUAAAUGCUGGCUUCAGGUUGUAAAUGGGUUUACCACUUUCUGUAGGUGAACCUAGCUAGGUUUAUCAUUCAACCUUAUUCUUUGAACACCCCACCCCACUGAAAAAUGCGUUCAGGCCAGACAUUUGUGAUGUGCGCAUGCAUCAAUUUGCUCAGUUUCGAUUGUUUCUGCACCAUGAUGUUAACCAGCGAUUUCUCUAUUGUAAUUGCUCUUCUUCUCCAAUGCACUCUUGUGGUGUCAACUCACCCUAUCAGCUGACUCAUCCACUGCCUCCACUUGGUGAUAAUUAGCCAAAUCUUGUACACCAAUAAAUAUAUUCACUCGGCACAUUCUCCUAUAUUGAGCAAAUAACGUCAAGCUCGCGCCCUUUCCUCUGGCUUCAUACCUUGAGCCUCUUUGGUCCAAACCAACUUUGAAACAUAGAUGAAUGUCCUCAUGUGCAAUGCCUAUAAGGCUUAUUCUUAUGGCACAGCACAUCUGUAUGGAAGACCAUUGGUAUUUAGAAUGUCAAAUGAAUGAUAAGCAUACAACUGAGUCUAUCCAAAUUGACAGAGGUAUGAAGCCAGAGGACAGAGGAAAGGAAGCAGGUUUGGGGAAAUGAUUUGCACCCCUGUUAUCCACCCCAUGCUAGACCACUGAACAGUGCAUCCUCUAUGAGGGGCUACUGUUUAUAAGCUGUUUUUUUUUUUGUAAGACAUUUGGUAUACUGGCAGUUAUAUAUGUUCCACGUAAUGGAAUGUGUGCACCUCUGUCAUUUCUUCUUUGUACUAUAUCUUAUAUUAUGUAAAUGAUUAUAAAAAUCUUGUAUAGAACUACUAGUCUGUGAUAAUGAACACAACUCUUAAAAAAGACCUCUUAGUGUAAUGUACCAUUCGUUUUUGAGUUGUUGUUUUUGCUAUUUAAAUGUUCAGUAACAGAAAUGUAUUUGGUUCUGUGUUUGGGAUUGACCCAGCCAAGCACAGCUUUCAGUUGCAAUCCAAUGAGUGUAAUCAAUGAACAAGCACAGCAAUAAAAUUAUUUGAAAAUUA